AUGGCAUCUCAGCGUUCCCGUGUCUUCUUUGACAUUCAAGUCGGCGACAACAAGCUUGGUCGGGUGACGUUUGAGCUUUUCAACGAUGUCGUGCCCAAGACCGCGGACAACUUCCGAGCCCUGUGCACUGGCGAGAAGGGCAUUGGCUCAAUUUUCCACCGUGUGAUCAAGCAGUUCAUGAUUCAGGGUGGUGACUUUACCGCGUUCAACGGCACCGGCGGCGAGUCGAUCUACGGCGAAAAGUUCCCCGACGAGAACUUCGAUCUCAAGCAUGACCGUCCCUUCCUCCUCUCCAUGGCCAACUCCGGCCCCGGCACCAACGGCAGUCAGUUCUUCGUUACGACUGUCCCUACUCCCCACCUCGAUGGCAAGCACGUCGUUUUCGGUGAGGUGAUCAACGGCAAGAGCAUCAUUCGCAACAUCGAGAACAUGAAGACCCAGUCCGACAAGCCCCUGACCGAUGUGACUGUGGUGGACUGUGGUGAGCUCUCCGGAGAGGACUACGAGAAUGCGACGAAGCGUGUCCAGGAUGCCACAGGCGACCCAUACGAGGACUUCACUGAGGACCACCAAGGCGAGGAGCUUACCGCCCCGCUCUGCUUCAAGAUCGCUUCCGACCUCAAGGGAUUCGGAAAUACCGCUUUCAAAAGUGGAGAUCUUAACCUGGGUCUCGACAAAUACCAGAAAGGUCUGCGCUAUCUCAACGAGUUCCCCGAGGCUGGUGAGAACGACCCCAAGGAGCUGAACGUGCAGAUGAAGGCUCUACGAUUCACCCUGCACUCCAACUCGUCCCUGCUCGCAAAUAAGCUCAAGAAGUACAGUCAAGCUCAAAACUGGGCUUCUUAUGCGCUCCAGGUCAGCGAUGCUGCCCAAGUCAAGGAUGCCGACAAGGCCAAGGCCUACUUCCGCCGUGCUGUUGCCUAUGAGGGUCUGAAGGAAGAGGAUGCCGCCCUCAAGGAUCUCCUGGAGGCUGAGAAGCUGUCUCCUACCGAUGCCGGUAUCAUUAACGAGAUCGCCAAGGUCAAGAAGACUGUCAAGGACCGCGAGGCCAAGGAUAAGGCUGCUGCCCAGAAGUUCUUCUCUUAA